AUGCUGGGAAUCCACGUCAUCUGCAGGCUGACCGUGGCCCCAGCCGCAAAACUCCCGGUCGACACAAUCAAAACUGAAACAACAUUCUCGAUCUUCCCCCUCCUUCUCCUCCCCGCCGUUCCACUCGCCAGGUGAGUAGAGCGAGACUGCUCACUCUGGAAACCUGGAAGGUUCGUUCUCUUUUAGGCAAUGCAAUGAGCAACUGAUUGGAACGGAGGACAGCGCUAGUGGAUCGGGAACUGACGCGCUACAAGGUGGACAUCGCCGCACUCAUCGAGACUCGAUUCUCCGAACAAGGCCAACUGGAGGAGGUGGGUGCCGACUACACCUUCUUGUGGAGCGGUUGCCCCAGGGCAGAGCGACGAGACGCGAGUGUCGCUUUUGCCAUCCGAAACGAAAUCGUGGGACGUCUGCCCUGUCUGCCGCAGGGCAUCAACGGUCGCCUGAUGAGCCUUCGCCUGCCUCUCCGGGGAGGCAAAUCCGCCACCAUCAUCAGUGCCUACGCUCCACCGAUGACCAACUCGGACGAGGCGAGGAAUAAAUUCUAUGAGGACCUGCAGGCUUUCCUUGCGACUGUGCCGAAGGAGGGUAAGUUGACUGGCAUUGGUGACCCCAACGCCCGCUUUGGCACAGACCAUGAUGCCUGUAGAGAAGCGCUGCGUCACUAUGGUCCUGACGGCUCAAUGACAAUGGCCUGCUCCUCCUACAAGCCUGCGCAGAACACCAGCUUGUCCUGACCAAUACCUUCUGCGUACCUAGGCGAGAGAAGGCCACCUGGAGGCCUCCUCGGUCGCGUCAGUGGCACCUGCUGGACUAUGUCCUCGUCCAGAGGGAUGUGCUGGUGACGAAGGCGAUCGCGGGCGCUGAUGGGUGGACCGACCAUCUCGAAGAUGCUGAUUCGCCUACAGCCUCGCGGAAGACCACGAGGUAAACGUCCCCCAAGUAAGCUGAAUAUUGCCUUGGUGUUUUUGCCUGCUCGCCACCUCCAUUUCAGCAACGAGCUAGCUCAAAGGCUAGACAACUUUCCAGUGGCCGCCGCCGCCGCUGCUGCCGAUGAGUACGGCUCCGUGGAGAACCGAUGGAGUCAACUUCGAGACACAGUACAGUCGACGGCGCUGGCCGUCCUCGGUCGCGCACGUUGCCAACAUCAGGAAUGGUUGGAUGACAACGAUGCCGUCAUCAGCAAUCUGCUCGCCGAGAAGGACCGCCUACACAGAGCCUGCGUAGACCAUCUCACUGAUGACAACAAAGCUGCUUUUUACCGCAGUCUCCGCCACCUACAGCAACGUCUGUGCGUGAUGCAGAACGUCCAGACUGCUCGCAAAGCUGAGGAGAUCCAAGGGUACGCGGACCGCAACGAAUAAAAGAACUCCUUCUCCGCGAUCAAAGUUGUCUACGGUCCGCCGACAAAGGGCACUGCUCCUCUCCUCAGCGCCGACGGCAGUACCCCCUUGACUGAGAAGACGCAAAUUUUACAACAAUGGGCCGAGCACUUCCGAGGCGUCUUCAACCGUCUCUCCAUCAUCUCUGACGCCGCCAUCGCAUGUCUGCCUCAGGUGGAGUCUAACGCUGACCUAAACCUACCGCUCUCUCUCUCUCUCUCCACGAAACCAUCAGGGCCGUGCAGCAGAUCUCCAGCAGGAAAGCUCUCGGAUCGCACGUGAUCCCUGCUGAGACCUAUAAGCACGGUGGCCUCCAACUCAUGGAUCCUAUGACUGCGCUCUUCCAGGAGAUGUGGCGUCAAGAUGCCCCGCAGGAUUUCAAAGACGCCACAAGCGGAGAGGAAACCGCCAGCUCUAACACAACCCCGAGCCAUGUCCUUGCUGAACAUCGCGUGGAAAAUUUGCGCUCUCAUCAUUUUCCAACGUCGGAACAAUCACCUAGAAAAAGGUUUUCCGCCGAAAAGCCAGUACGGCUUCCGUCGUCAUCGUGGGACCACGGACACGGUCUUCGUCGAUCGCCAACGUCAGGAGAAUUGUCAGUACAUGUGGGUCCACCUGUACUCUACAUUCGUCGGUCCGAUGAAAGCUUUCGACAGGGUGGAUCUUGA